UAUCUCAGCGAGGCACACAGUGUCAGAAAGCCCCCUCCAAGAAGACAGCAUGGAAACAAACUGUCAAUCCAGCAGCCAGGAAGCUCUUUGGAGAGAUGUUGAAGUCGGGACAGAGAAAAAAAACAGGUUCCGGAGCUACCAGCUGGGGGCGAUAGUGCUGAGCCUGGUCCUUCUGUCACUGACGCUGUGCGUCUUCAGCAUGAAGCAGUUCUGGACCCCAAGUCCCACAAAGGUGUACGACCUUCAUUACAAGGUAGUGCUGGAUGGUGCAGAGAUGGACAGCGUCAUGGAGAUUGAUCCCGCUCACCGCAUCGAGAUCUUCCGGAUGGGCAAUGACACUGAUGAAGUCCUGGAGAUCCAUGAUUUCAAAAAUGGAAUGACAGGGAUUCGGUUUUCCAAACAACAGAGAUGCUACAUCAGGAGCCAGACCAAGGAGCUGCCCACACUGUCAAUGAUGGAGCCACAAGAUGCUGAAAUGCUGGUGGAGGCCCCCGAUGCGAAGGUGAAUGAGCCGCAGGUGUGGAUCCCCUCCGCAGAGCCCAUCGCCAGCCGCGCCUUCCUGCUCAACUCCAAGAUCUCUGAAAUCUGCCAGCACCUGCCAAUACAUUGGAUCCACCCCUCCCCUCUGAUAGAGGCGGAAUUCCAUGACAUUGAGGAUCUGGAGGAGCCCCCGAAGGUCAGAGGUCAACGUCAGGUCAGAGAUGUUCUGGACCACCAGCCCGUCAAUGACUAUAGAGACGUCGGACUGGAGCUUGACAACCGGCUGGACGACAGGGGAUACUGUUGCCAGCACUGUCGCCAGGGUUACCGCUACUGCCGGCGCUACCAUGAGCCCCUGGGCGGCUUCUGGCCCUACCCAUACUACUACCAGGGUGGCCGCGUGAUCUGCCAGAUCGUCAUGCCCUGCAACUGGUGGAUCGCUCGCAUGCUCGGAAGGGUUUAAACAGGGACUGUCGUGUCCGGGUCACCAGCAAUUAGGGACUGUGUCCCUGUGGAUAUCUGCAGACUCCGGCUGUAUAGUUUGUGCUCUGGUUAUCUGGUGCUAUUAAAUAAUGAUAAAACAGACAGAGUCUUUACAGCAGCGGCAGGAGGGGAGCGUUUCUAAGGUUCUCAUUAGAUUUGUCUGAUUCGUUUUGUGGAGUGGAGAGGCACCUGCAGUGCAUUGACAAAUACCAGAAACCACAGGCGUUCAACACAUUGCCGUUCCCAUUCAUCGCUGCCGCCCACUAAUGUAGUUCUCGCGCUCUCUUUUAUAAUGAGUGGGAAGGGUACGAUCAUCAGGCAUAUAUCUUUCCAUGUAUGCUCUUUCCACAUUUUAUUUUUGCACGCUUUGAUUUAGACAUGCUUGAAAACCAUAGCUCUCAUUUUAUUCACUUCUCAUAUUUGUAUUAAAGACAUGUGCCGCUAUGCAGUGCUGUUUUAUUUGUGUACUUCAUGGUGUCACUUCUAGAGCAGUGCUUCCAUUGUUUGUGUCAUUUUCUGUUCCUCUGUCACGUCCCUGGGUCUGAAAUCCAUUGUCUUUAAAUAUUAAUAUAAG